AUGGCUGGCAGUGCAAAGAAGUGCAGGUGUUUUAUGCCUUUCUGCAAAAAAAUUAGAACUGCAGGAUUAAGUUAUCAUAUAUUACCCAAAGACUUAGAGACAAGAGAUAAGUGGCGACAGUGGAUUGCCAAAGAACUUGGCAGUUCUGUCGAGGAUAUUCCAGAAAAUCUAUUUUUAUGUAGUGCUCAUUUUGAUGACGAAGCCAAAGGGCUUAAAAAACUGAAGGCAAGGUCUGUGCCUACUAUUUCUAUCAAGGAACCUGAAGAGAACCAAUGGAAUAAGACAGCACUGGUUGAAAUGAAGUUGUCGGCCGUCAUUGACAAGAUUGUUCAAACUAAUGAAGACUAUAUGGACUGCAAUCAAGGAUUUACACCUAUCAUCGAAAUUGACAUGUCUUCGUUGGAAGCACAGCAAAUUCCUAGUGAUGACCAUAUGGACUGCAAUGAAUUUACACAUGUCAUUGACAAGAUUGUUCAAAUUAAUGAAGGCCAAAUGGACUACAAUCAAGGAUUUACACUAAUAAUUGAAAUGGACAUGUCUUCUUUGGAAGCACAACAAAUUCCUGUUCAAACAGGAUUCUCAGACGACAACACGGAUGAAAUUCAAAUUCUUGAACAAACAGAUACUAAUGUGGAUACAAGUGGCAUCAAUAAAAAGAAAAGAAAAUCCAAGUGGAGGAAAUGUGCAGCAAUUGGGUGCAAUAGUCAAGCAGAUAGCUUUAGGACUUUUCCUGCUUGUAUAAUUAAUGGUGUUAUACAGCACAAUAAUGUUCAAAGAGAUAACAAUGUCAUGAAACCAGAUGCAAUUCCCCAAAUUUUUGAUUGUGUUCCUUUACCUGAUGAGGAAGUUAUUACAGCAUUUCAAUUUCCAGAAGUAAUUUGGGAAGAAGCAGGGGCUGAAGAAAACGAAGGUUACACAUUAGACAAAUUUCAGAAGCAAUUUGAAGAUCACAUGGAUUCGCUGCAACGGAGAAAUUGUAAUGAGUGCAAGGAAAGAUUCAUGGUUUCUGGAAAAUCCAAGUCAAAGUGUAUUCAUGGAAGACAGAACUGCCUUUAUUACACCAAUGAAAACAAUAUGGACCCUGGCCCUGUUCCACCUGAAUUAGCAGACUUAACAUAUAUAGAAGAACAACUUAUAGCUCAAGUUCAUCCAUUGGUAACGGUCUUCAAAUUAAAAGGACAUCAGUUAGGUUACAGAGGAAACAUCAUAAAUUUUCCCCAAAAUAUAAGCAAUUUUGUUAAACAAUUACCUCAUAGAAUUGAAGAUUUACCAUCAACCAUUACAGUUAGAACAAAAAGUGAUUUAAAGCCAGUAGAUUUUAAUGUGAGAGCAGAAAAAAUUAGAUCUGCUCUACUAUGGUUGAAAAGAAAUAAUGUGUUUUACUCUGACAUUGAUAUAUCCGAGGAGAAUUUACAAGGCUUGCCUGAGAAUGGAAAUGUGUAUGAUAAAAUACAAACCAUUCAAAUAAAUGAAGAGGAAAGUGAUAAAGAACCAACUGAGACUGAAUUUGAUAAAAAUGGUGGUGAUCAUUCUUCAUGUGAAGAUUCUGAUGACACAGAUCACACUGAUGAUGAAAAUGAUAGCAACUUUAAAGUUAUUGAAUCCACUAUACCAACGAUAGGGAUGCCCUCCGAACAUGCACAGAAAGAAGCUGUUUUAGAUUGGCCUAUCAUUGAACAACAAGCAAUCAAUGAGUUUUCUUCAGGGGGGUAUAUUGCUAAGGCUUUUCCCUGUCUCUUUCCUUAUGGCAAGGCAGAUUUGAGGAUGCCCAGGGAACAUAAAAUAACUCCCUUAAAUUAUUUCAAACAUUUACUUCGAUACCAUGAUCAAAGAUUUGCUAAACAUCCGCGCUUCAGAUAUUUUGCCUUAAACUCUUAUAUGCGUUGGAGUGCUCUCAAAGAUGGAAAUGUAUUUGUUGACAGAAAUUCAGAAUUUAAGGAGAUGACUAUUGCUCAAUUAAAGGAAGAGAUCAAGAAAAACCCAAGUAUUAUUAACAAAAUUAUGUUUCAAUCUUCUAAUAUUCGUGGAACAAAAUCAUUCUGGUACGCAAGAGGCAAAGAAUUAAUAGCUAUGGUUGAGCAACUAAGUUUACCAACACUAUUUUUCACACUCAGUGCAGCAGAUUUUCAUUGGCCAGAUUUGUAUAAGCUACUUGCACCUAAUGAAGAGGUUGAAACAAUUUCUGUACAUCGAAGAAGGAAAUUGAUAGAAGAAAAUCCUAUGAUAGUCAACUCUUUCUUCUAUGAAAGAUCAAAAUCUUUCAUUGAAAUGGUUCUCAAACCAAAGUUUAAAAUUAAGGACUACUGGUUUCGAAUUGAAUACCAGCAUAGGGGAAGUCCACACGUUCAUGGCCUCUUAUACAUAGAUGGUGCUCCAGAUGUGACAAAAAUUAACACGGCUACUGAAGAGGAAAAGAAAGAGAUUGCCGCAUACUUCCAUGAACUUAUCAGCACGUUCCAUCCCAAUACCAACGAACCACCAGCUCCUAUUCAUCCUUGUCGAAGGGGACGCCCUACAUGGAGAGCAAACAUUGAUAUUUCAGCAGUAUUAUCCAAACAAGCAUUAAUCAAUUAUCUUGCCAAAUACAUCUCAAAGCCAGAGAGAGAAUCAAAGACAAUGGUUGAUGUGCUGAAAGGGCUUCUCCAGACUACAGAGGAAGAUAAAAAGGUCAAAUCAGUUCUACAAAGACUUUACAUUCAGUCAAGUUCUGAGCGAGAUUUCUCAGCCCAAGAAACGUGCCACUUGUUGAUGGGUUUAAAUUUGACAAAAACAGACAAUCGAAAUUUUGUUACAUUAAAUUUUAAUUCUUAUAAGAGAUAUGUUCAAGUAUCUGAAAAUAGUAGACAAAAAAAGCAUUCCAUUGACAGAUAUUGUGAAAGAAAAGAUACAUUUGAAGACAAAUGCCUAUGGUAUAUGAUAAAAAACUACAACUUGUCAACCCUCAAGAAAUAUAAAAAAGAAGCAAUUGUUCAGAUUUAUCCGAAGUUGAAAUUUAAUGCAAAUCAAGAUGCGAACAAUGAAGAAUUUUUUAGGCAACAGGUGUUGCUUUAUGUUCCAUGGAGGAAUGAGCAACAAUUCCUUCAACAAGGUAAACCUUGGCAAGACAUAUUUACAGACAAUGAAGGAACAAUUUCUACCAACAAACAACAUGAAACAGAUUUGACUGAAAUGACACCAGAAGAAACAGAAUUUGAAGCAGAUCAAGAAGAUGAAGAUGAUUUCUACUCUGCAGAAGAAUGGAUGUGCAUUUCAAACAUGGGACCCAACCAAAAUGUCACAGAAGUUGAGUUAGGAAGACGAGAUGUUGACAUUAAUCACAACUGGCAUGCUGCUUUAUCCUCUUAUGAAAAAUAUGGAACACUACCAGAACUGAAAAGUUUCCUUAAAGUUAAAAAGGAAACAGACAAUACACCACCAUCUGCAGUGCCAUACCCUUCUGUAGAUUUCACAGCUGAACAAGCCAGUAUAUCAAAAUUAGUUGACAUGCAGAUUGAAUCAAUAAUAAAUCCAGAGUUCAAACCAAAUUUCCAAAUACCUCAGCGAAUAAUAAUACAAGGCAAAGCGGGAACAGGAAAAAGUUUGGUUGUGCAGGCAAUGAAACACAAAAUUAUAAAUGCAUUUGGCCACGAAGGUUUCCUCUUAAUAACUCCAACAGGUGUCAGUGCAAAAAGUGUAGAAGGCAGCACAAUACAUUCAUCUCUACACAUCAACCCCAAGCAAAAAGAAUUCCUACCAUUAAAGGGACCUGCUGCACAUGCUUUGGAAGAAAAACUCAGGAAAACGCACUUUAUAAUAAUGGAUGAGUUCAGCAUGGUAGGAUGCCAAUUGAUGCAAAUGAUAGAAGAGAGAAUAACCCAAGGAAAAGGAAAUGACACUGCUGACUUUGGCAACCUAUUUGUAUUUAUUCUUGGAGAUGCCCGCCAACUUCCCCCUAUUGGAUACAGUCCAGUGUAUUCUGAUAAUAUAAAUUCACCAGAAAGAUUAAGAGGAAAACUCAUAUAUGACAACUUCCAAGGUGCAGUUGUUUUAAAUCAAGUCCUACGACAAAAUGAUGCUGUCUUUCAAAAUGUGCUUCAUAACAUAAGUGUUGGUGCUGUAAAUAGGGAAGACUAUAAUGUCUUGAAGACACGAUUCGCAACAAAUAUCAGUCCAACAGAAAGAGAAACUUUUAAAGAUGCAAUUCACCUCUACCCAACAACACUACAAGUCCUCAAACACAACAAGGAAAAACUUAUAAGUAUGAAAACCACCAAUGGUCAACAACAACCAAUAGCAAGAAUACCAGCUUUACAUAAUUGCAAUGCAGCAGCUCGGGGAACAAGAGAUGAUGCUGAAGGUUUGUUUCCUGUCCUGCACUUAGCAAAAGGAGCAAAAAUUAUGCUGAAAAGCAACCUGUGGACAGAGAAAGGUCUGGUCAAUGGCGCAAUGGGAGAAAUUGUAGACAUUUUGUACAGAGAAGAUGCCAACCCCCAAAUUGACCCACCUGAUGUACUGAUAUGCAAAUUUGACUCAUACACUGGUCCAUAUCUUGACAAUGACCUAAAAACUGUUCCCAUACAGUCACUUACAAAGUCAUGGACAAGGCUUGACUUUGCAAAAAGCAGUCAUAGACAUUGGUUUAAAAGAAAUGUCACCCGGAAUAACUUACGUUGCACUGUCCAGGGUAAAAACCUUAUCUGGGAUCAUGCUCCACUCAUUCCCCUUCCAAAGAAUACAUCUCCUCAACUCCAAAGAUUCCAUCAAAAGAAGAAAUGA